GGAGCAAUCCGCACCGCAUCACAGCUUCAACAUGGCCGCACGCACUUUGAGGAUAGGCCUCAUUCCAGGCGACGGCAUCGGCCGCGAAGUAAUCCCCGCGGGCCGCCGCAUCCUCGAAGCCCUGCCUUCUUCGUUCGGCCUCAAGUUCUCCUUCUCGCACCACGAGGCUGGCUGGGAAACGUUCCAGAAGACGGGGGCCGCCCUGCCCGACAAGACGGUUGAGGCGCUCAAGUCCGACUGCGAUGGCGCCCUUUUCGGAGCCGUCAGCUCGCCCACUGUGCAAACCAAAGGCUACUCCAGCCCGAUCGUCGCACUGAGAAAGCGCAUGGGCCUGUAUGCCAACGUCCGUCCUGUGAAGAGCGUGAGGGGCGCAGCGAGGAGUGUAGACCUGGUGAUUGUGAGGGAGAACACCGAGGAUCUUUACGUCAAGGAAGAAAAGACAUACGCGGCGCCCGACGGCUCCAAAAUUGCAGAGGCAAUCAAGCGCAUCUCGGAAACAGCAUCCUUCAACAUUAGUGCCAUGGCCGGCGACAUCGCACUCCGCCGCCAGCGCGUCCGCGAUGCGGGUGCAAGCUCCAUUCACAACUCGCCGCUCGUAACCAUCACACACAAGUCCAAUGUCCUUUCGCAAACCGACGGCCUCUUCCGCGAGACAGCCCGCCGCGCACUCCAAGACGCCAAGUACGGUCUCGUCGGCGUAGAAGAGCAGAUCGUAGACUCCAUGGUGUACAAGCUCUUCCGCCAGCCUCAGGACUACGACGUCAUCGUCGCGCCCAACCUAUACGGUGACAUCCUCUCCGACGGCGCGGCGGCCCUCGUUGGCUCCCUUGGCCUGGUUCCUUCUGCGAACGUUGGCAAGGACUUCGUCAUCGGAGAGCCAUGCCACGGUUCCGCACCAGAUAUCGAGGGCCAGGGCAUCGCGAACCCUAUUGCGACGAUCCGGUCUACGGCGUUGAUGCUGGAGUUUAUCGGUGAGGAAGAGGCGGCGGCGGCUGUGUACAAGGCAGUGGACGCCAACCUCGAGGAGGCAAAGCUACUGAGCCCGGAUAUGGGUGGCAAAGCCAAGACGGAGGAGAUCAUCGAGGAUAUCUGCAAGAGGUUGUAGACCUGUGAUUGUCGAACGUUGAUCAAGGCUGCUCGCGGGUGCUGUUUGGGUGCCCUGAGACUGGUCCAGAAUGACGAUUCACAAAUUUCAUGCGCCUACAUACCGACCAGAUGAGAUAUGUGAUGUGCAAUUAGACGAAUACUCCAUAUACUCCAACCAGUUCCACCAACUUCGUCACUCCAAUCCAAAAUCUUUCUCCGCUGUUGAUCAUAUCCUAGUAAGAGCCUCGACAUCGACUCGUUGAUAGAAAGAAACAUGCCCAAAGGUUUCCCAAUACUGCGCCAACCGGUCGUGCGAGAUGAGGAUAAGUUGACUCGUCAUGUAAUUGUC